AUGCCUGAGUAUAGACUUGUGGUAGUGGGCGAUGGAGGUGUUGGCAAAUCUGCCCUCACCAUUCAAUUGAUUCAGAAUCAUUUUGUUGAGGAAUAUGAUCCAACUAUCGAAGACAGCUACCGAAAGCAGGUCGUCAUCGAUGGCGAAACCUGUCUUCUUGAUAUUCUUGAUACAGCUGGACAAGAAGAAUAUUCUGCCAUGAGGGAUCAAUACAUGCGAACAGGAGAAGGUUUCCUGCUUGUAUUCGCCAUUAAUGAAGCUAAGUCAUUUGAGAACGUUGCCAACUAUCGUGAACAGAUCAAAAGAGUCAAAGAUAGCGAUGACGUUCCUAUGGUUCUUGUUGGUAAUAAGUGUGACUUAUCUGCUAGAGCCGUCGAUGGUCGCACAAUAGUUGAUACGGCUAAAGCAUAUGGAAUUCCUAUGGUUGAAACGUCUGCUAAAACCAGAAUGGGUGUAGAUGAUGCUUUCUACACUCUAGUUCGCGAAAUCAGGAAGCAUCGAGAACGGAAUCGUGAAAAACCACGCAAAAAGAGGGGCAGAUGUGGAAUUCUCUAA